AAAACGCAAAGAGCACUAUUUCUCUCUACUUGUCUCGUAAAUGGCAACAGCAUCUGCGACCCGAGCCCGAGCCAUUUGGCGCAAGUGUUUAGCCUCGGCCUUCCGCACCGCCCUGGCCUGCACCAUCGUCGGCGUCACCACCUUAUACGGACCCUCCAGCCUGACACGUUACGCCACCUUCCCGGCCUUCUCCUACGUCAGCACCAUCCUCCUCGUCCCCGACAGCGCCACCCUUGGCGACACGCUGCAUGGCUUCUGGCUGGCGCUAUACGCGACGUGUCAGAGCGUGGGGCCGGCACUACUGAGCCUGUGGCUGAUCGGGCCGACCCACCUGACCAAUGGCACCACCGCGCUAGCUGUGGCAGCCGCAGGGUUCGUGGUGACGGUGCCUGAGUCGACUCACUUGAAAGCAAAGCGUAUUGCGCUGGGUCAGAUUGUGUUGAUAUACGUGGUGGCUUUUAUCAAAGGGGAGAAGGCUGAGGCUGUUUUGAAUCCUGUGCAUGUGGCGGCGAGUACGGCGAUUGGUGUAGCGGCUUCUCUUUUGGCUUUGCUUCUGCCAUUUCCAAGGCUCGCUUGUUCAGAGGUGAAGGAGAGCUGUAAGCUGCUUGCCGAAAACACGUCAGCUAGGUUAAAGCUCUAUAUCAGAGCGUUCUGUGCAGAAGACAACGCAUCAGCUGUUUCAUCAAUCUCUCAAGCUACGUUAUUAGCUUCUUCCGCAACCAAACUCCAUCAAACCAUAAAACGUUACCAAGAAAGCAUUAAAUGGGAGAGGCCUCCAUUUAAAUUUCUGAGACCGUAUUACUCGAACUUAUCUGGGGAGAAGCUGCAAGACGUGGAGAGAAGCUUAAGAGCAAUGGAAAUGGCUUUAACCAGUACUAAUUCUUCACUUCCUGUAAGAACCCUAGUCAACGGAGAUAUCAAAGAAGGUCUAAAGAAAUUGGAAGAACACUUUGACUCCACCAUGAAAAUAGCUAAGGGCUAUCUGUCUUCCGAUUCAUCAACCGUUCCCGAAGCAUACGUUGCAGAAAACUCUUCCUUGGGGUCCUUCCAAACACUUCAGACCAUCCCAUCAACUCAUCAAGACUUAUCAUCUUUCUUCUUCGUUUUCUCCAUUAAACUCCUGCAAUCCAAACUGUUUCCGAAACCCAAUGGUCAGGGAUUGAAAUUACAAGAAGGGUUUUCGUUGAAAAAGGAAAUGAGUGAUUGGAUCGUAAAAGCAAGAACUAAAAUGUUUAUGCCAGCUUUUAAAUUAUCUUUGUCCUUGGGUCUGGCAACUCUUUUUGGCCUGAUCUACAGUAAAGAAAAUGGCUAUUGGUCAGGUUUGCCGGUGGCUAUCAGCCUCGCUGCCGGACGAGAAGCCACCUUUAAAAUAGCAAAUGUGAAAGCUCAAGGGACGGUGCUUGGAUCAGUUUAUGGCGUAUUGGGUUGCUUUGUGUUCGAAAGGUAUUUGCCUGUAAGGUUCCUUUCUCUUCUUCCCUGGUUUAUUUUCACCAGCUUCUUAAGCCGGAGCGUGAUGUACGGCCAAGCUGGAGGCAUCUCCUCCGCGAUUGGCGCACUUUUGAUACUGGGAAGGAAGAAUUUCGGUCCUCCAAGUGAAUUCGCCAUUGCAAGAAUCACUGAAACUUUCAUUGGAUUAUCUUGUUCAAUCUUCGUCGACCUUCUUUUUCAACCCACCAGAGCUUCUACGUUGGCAAAAGCUCAGCUCCCGAAAAUUUUUGGAGUCUUGCACCGGUGUAUCAAUUCAGUGAACUUUGAUACUAAAGUUGGUAAAAAAAUCAGCUUAACUUCUUGCCAAAAUAAGCUGAAAGCCCGAGUUGGUGAGCUGGAGAAGUUCGUAGCCGAAGCUGAGGUGGAGCCCAACUUCUGGUUUUUGCCUUUUCAUAGUGCUUGCUAUCGUAAGCUUCUGCGAUCUCUGUCAGCAAUGGCAGAUCUUUUGCUUUUUGGGAAUCUUGCCAUUGGAUUCCUCAAACAAGAAUCAGAAAAAUACAGUUCUGAAUUGAAAGAGACUCUACAAAAUAAGCUUGAUGGCGACCUUAAGCUUUUCAAGGACCUAGUCGUCUCCCUGUUAAAGGACUUCGAACAUAUCACUUCGAUAAAAUCGCUCGCAGCUCUUGAAAAAUCACUUGAGAAGAACAACGUGUCUUGGGAUCUUGAGAUGGGAUCUUCGAAAUCGGGUUUUUUUAAAGCUUCUGGUUCAGAUCAUAACGAAGAAGAAGAUGAAGUUGACAAGAUUUUGAGUCCCUUUUUGAGGGACGCCGCUGAAGUUGUGGAGAAAAUCCAUGGAGUGAAAGGUGACGAGGAAGAUGACGACGAAGAAGAAGAAGAAGAAAGAGAAGUGAUAAUCCAAAUGGUUGUGGGGUUGACUGCAUUAGGGUUUUGCAUGAAGGGGAUUGUGAGAGAAGCGAGAGAGAUUGAAGAAGGAAUAAAAGAACUAGUGCAGUGGGAGAAUCCUACGUAUCAUGUUAAUUUGCAUGAGGUUUCAUGCAAAAUACAAGCCUUAUACAAAUAA